AUGGCACAAACGAUGCAGACACAAGAGCUCACCAGUGGCUGGAGCUUCAAGCAGACGGAUACCGAAGAAUGGAUGCCUGUUGCGAAAGUGCCCACCAAUGUCCACCUGGAUUUGAUGGAUCAGAAGAUAAUUGAGGAUCCCUUCCUGGGCUUCAACGAACUGAAGUGCGAAUGGGUUGGCGAGAAAGCGUGGACAUACAAAGUCACACUUCCUUCAGUACCAGCCACAGAGAGAGGGACAAAGCAUGUUCUGGCAUUCGAUGGCCUCGAUACGUUUGCAAAUGUCAAACUCAAUGGCAAGACUGUCUUGGAGAGUGACAACAUGUGGAUCAUGCACAGAGUUGAUGUUACAGACAAACUCCAACCCGAGAAUGAAAACGUGCUGGAAAUCGACUUCAAGUCUGCGAUGGUGGAAGCUAGGAAGAUCAAAGAAGCCCAUCCAGAACACAAGUGGGUUGGCUUCAACGGCGACAUGGCUCGUUUGGCAGUGAGGAAAGCUCAGUAUCAUUGGGGUUGGGAUUGGGGUCCUGUGCUAUCCCCAUGCGGACCAUGGCGCGCUGUUAGGCUGGAGACAUAUCACGCACGGGUUGAGGAUCUGAGGAUUGAUUACGAAGUCGAUGCGAGCUUCAAGAAGGUCACUGGUACCAUCACCGCCUUUGUCGAAGGACAAUCUGGCAAGGUGGUUGAGUUCAGUGGCAGUCUAGGUGGAAGUCCUGUUUUCAAGGCUACCUCUGAGGUCGACAGCAACGGCCAGGCAAAGGCCGAGUUUCACAUCAACGAGCCUAAGCUUUGGUAUCCACAUGGAUAUGGAGAGCAACCGCUUUAUAACAUUACUGCAACUGUCACGUCUGGUGGACAUGCUCUCGACUCGAUUACGAAGCGCACCGGAUUUCGCAAAGGCGAACUCAUCCAGGAGCCAGACGAGAUCGGAAAGACAUUCUUCUUCCGAUUCAACGGCAUUGACGUUUUCUGCGGUGGUUCCGAUUGGAUUCCCGCCGAUAGCUUCACGCCUCGUAUCACUGAGGAAAAGUACCGUAAGUGGCUGGAGAUGAUGGUCGAUGGCUAUCAACUGAUGAUACGAAUCUGGGGUGGUGGCAUAUGGGAGGAGGACAUUUUCUAUGACAUCUGUGACGAAUUGGGCAUACUUGUCUGGCAGGAUUUCAUGUUUGGAUGUGGCAACUAUCCCUGCUUUCCGGAGAUCCUCGAGUCGAUUGAAAAAGAGUGUGUUUGCCAAACGAAAAGGCUCAGGCACCAUCCUUCGAUGGCAAUCUAUGCAGGCAACAACGAGGACUACCAAGUCCAGGAACAGAUGGGACUGACGUACAACUACGAAGAUAAGGACCCUCAGAGCUGGCUUCAGACCGAUUUCCCUGCUCGAUACAUUUACGAAAAGGUACCCUAUCCAGAUCCCCAACGCGCACUCAUACUGACGGCACUUCAGCUUCUUCCUGACGUUGUCGCUGCACAUACGCCUCACAUUCCAUAUCACCCCGGCUCACCUUGGGGUGAUGGUAAGAUCUCAUCGGAUCCGACAAUCGGCGAUAUGCAUCAAUGGAAUGUGUGGCACGGAACGCAGGAGAAGUAUCAAAUCUUCGACACACUAGGUGGCCGAUUCAACAGUGAAUUUGGAAUGGAGGCAUUCCCACACAUUGACACAAUCAAGGCCUACGUUACAGAUCCGACGCAGCUAUACCCGCAAAGCCAUAUGAUCGACUUCCACAACAAAGCAGAUGGCCAUGAGCGCAGGAUCGCGACUUACCUCGUCGAAAACUUCCGUACAGAGACUGAUCUCGAAAAGUUUAUCCAUCUCACUCAACUCAGCCAAGCCGAAGCCCUCAUGUUUGGCUACCGCGGCUGGCGCCAACAAUGGGGACAGAAGAGGUUCUGCGGCGGCGCAUUAUUAUGGCAGCUCAAUGACUGCUGGCCUGUGACUUCUUGGUCAAUCGUUGACUACUAUCUUCGCAAAAAGCCUGCAUAUUACGCCCUUCGCAGGGUUCUCGCUCCCAUCGCGGUUGCUGUAAAGAGAGCACACCACGACUGGAGCGUUGUUCACGCAAGACCUGCCAAAGCCAUCGAUUACGAAUGCUGGGUAGCCAGCUUCGAGACAAAGGAAGUCACUGCAACAGUGGAGCUUCGCUACAUCAGCAUCGCGACUGGCAAGGAGAUAAAAGAGAAGGUCUUGAAGAAGGAUGUCCAGAUUCAGGCGAACGGCACAACCAACAUCUUCAAGGGGACCAUCGACAAUGUCAACGAGGAACAGCACGUCCUUGCGGCGAGGAUAUGGGUAGACGGCAAGAUCGUGUCGAGAGAUGUCGAUUGGCCACAGCCAUUGAAGUAUCUCGACUUCGCCGACCGAGAAUUGGAGGUUACACCAAAGGGAAAUACCAUAACAAUCAAGGCCGGGAAGCCCACAAAGGGCCUGGUGUUCGAGGAGCGGGAAGGUGUGUUGGUAAAUGAUAGCGCCAUCGAUGUUGUGCCAGGCGACGAGCAGGUGGUUACCGUGAAAGGAAUCGGGGCAAAUGAUAAGGCAUUGGGAUGGACAUACUUGGGGAAAUAA